AUGGCGGCAGCCGCUGGUCAGGUCGCUGCGAUCAUCGCCAGAAUCGCUAUCGGUCUGAUCCAAAAGGAACAGGCUGACCAAGCCGCCGAAGAGCGCCAGACCCAAAUCAUGGACGCGCUGAACAAAAUACAAGGAACUCUUCAAACCAUCCAGUACGCUGACCGAAAAACAACAGAUCUUGUAGAUAAGACUAUAACGUCCGAAGAGAUCCAAAAUGAGGUUGAGCAGAUAACGAGCCAAUUUCCUGCCAAUGUAGACCAGGUCUUCGAGACGGCAUAUCAACAAUUUCCGGCAUUUGUCAAGGAAUUUAAGCUCAACUACCAAGACGAAGGGUCAAACCUAACCAACUGGUUCAGAAUGUGGCGUAAUAAUACCCAUGUCAAGAACUACACGCCCAUAGCAGGCGAUCCACAUAUGAUAAACCCAUUCAAUCAGUUCCCCAACUCUCUUGCCCUCGCGCAGGCUUACGAGGUCUACCCAACGCCAUGUGACGACGCUGAAGGUAUCUACCCCGAGGUAGAGUUCUAA